AUGCCUGGCCGAGUCGACAAUGGCACGAAAAGCUCGCGCUUCGAGCUGCCCGCUUUGGACCUCAACUUUGGCAGCAUCACCGACGGCACAAACAUCCCGCCUCCGCCGAAAUCCCCCGUCGAGAAGCCAGCCGACAAUUCAUUGUCAGUGACCACUGCGACAUCCGCUCGGAAGCUGGAGGACCCAGAGACGGCCGCCGCCCUCGAGGGCAAGCCCGCCGCGGAGGAAGGAGGCGCAAAUGGUAACAAACCUGCCGGGACAAAGCGGCCAGCGGACGACAUACCCCCAAGUCCGACCAUGUCUACGACACGGUCGGGCGGUCUCCGCCGCCUCCUCAGUCGAUCGUUGUUGAAUAACAGUUAUGCAGAGGGACAGCAACCCAGCGGAAUCGGCACAGCGACUACCACAACCCCAUCGGUAGCGGCCCCCUCGAUCAACGGCGGCAGCAGGCCCCCCAGCCGGACCGGCGCCUCCUCAGUGAUGGACGAUGACCGGAAAUCGAAGCGAAGCAGUGGGUGGUUCCGACGCCUGAGAGGUGGCGAUCCUAAGCGGUCCAGUCUCCUCUUCGAGCAGUCGACAACGAAACCGGCGACACACGCCCCCAGCGGGCCGCCGCCGCCCAUGAUACCCGAGCUCAAAGAGUUGGAGAAGGACGAAGGGAGCCUGGGCCAAGAUCUCUUCAAGAACAUUAAGUGA